AGUGCGACGCCGACUUAGCUGCGUUCGUUUGCUUCCGCCACAAACGUUCGCGACAGGCGUUUUCGUACGGACGUUCGAAAACGCAAAGCACCAGGUACACUUUGGGCUCCCCAAAAAUUCGUAAAGCGUACGAUGUAAGUGACGACGCCCCUUAAGCCGGCGGUGUUUAAAAUCGCGUUCCAACACCAAAUACAUUGUGAGCAGUGUGCGAUUGUUGGUAUAUUUUUGGGGUGCGGGCGCUCGAGUAUGUGUGGUUGGUGUUAGGGUCGAGAACGUGUGCUGAGAGAGACCGCGAGGAGAGGAGAGCGGCGUCAAAAUGGCGGAUUUGGAAGCCGUGCUGGCGGACGUCAGCUAUUUAAUGGCAAUGGAAAAGAGCAAAUGCACACCGGCAGCAAGGGCUAGCAAGAAAAUCAUUCUACCUGAUCCCAGCGUACGGAGUGUCAUGCAUAAGUACUUGGAAAAGAAGAAUGAAGUGAGUUUCGAUAAAAUUUUCCAUCAAACUUUAGGUUACCGAUUAUUCAAGGAGUAUUGCGAAUCCGUGUCGGAUGUUGCCGUACCCCAACUUCAAUUUUACGAUGAGAUAAAGCAAUACGAGAAAAUAGACAACGCGGAGGAGCGCCUGAAGGCGGCAAAGGAUAUAUACGACAACUUUAUCAUGAAGGAACUUUUGUCUAGGUCACACGAUUAUUCCAAAGAAUGUUUACAACAUGUACAAAACCACAUAACUAGAACAGAUGUGCCAGUUACUCUUUUUGAGCCUUAUAUAGAAGAAAUAUACAAUCAUUUACGAGAUGAACCGUUCAGGAAAUUUUUAGAGAGCGAGAAAUAUACGAGAUUUUGUCAAUGGAAAAAUUUAGAACUUAAUAUACAGCUCACAAUGAAUGACUUCAGUGUACACCGGAUAAUUGGCAGGGGAGGUUUUGGUGAAGUGUACGGUUGCCGAAAAGCGGAUACUGGUAAAAUGUACGCAAUGAAAUGCCUCGAUAAGAAACGAAUCAAAAUGAAACAAGGCGAAACGUUAGCGUUGAACGAACGCAUAAUGCUUUCGUUGGUUAGCACCGGAAUCGACUGCCCGUUCAUCGUUUGCAUGACAUACGCCUUCCAUACACCCGACAAACUCUGUUUCAUACUCGAUUUAAUGAACGGCGGUGAUCUCCAUUACCAUCUCAGUCAACACGGCGUUUUUAAUGAGUCUGAAAUGAAAUUUUACGCGGCCGAAGUUAUAUUAGGUUUAGAGCACAUGCAUCGGAGAUAUAUAGUUUACCGAGAUUUAAAACCUGCCAAUAUAUUAUUAGAUGAGCAUGGUCACGUGCGGAUAUCGGAUCUCGGUUUAGCUUGUGAUUUUUCCAAAAAGAAACCUCACGCUAGUGUGGGAACUCAUGGUUAUAUGGCCCCGGAAGUUCUUUCGAAAGGCACCGCGUACGAUUCGAGCGCCGAUUGGUUCAGUUUCGGUUGUAUGCUUUACAAGUUACUAAAAGGCCACUCUCCUUUCCGCCAACACAAAACCAAGGAUAAACACGAAAUAGAUCGAAUGACGCUAACCAUGAACGUUGAGUUACCAGACACGUUUAGUAAAGAAUUAAAAUCGUUAUUAGAAGGAUUACUUCAACGCGACGUUGAUAAACGAUUAGGAUGUAAAGGCAAUGGAGCCGAUGAAGUAAAGGAGCACCCUUUCUUUGGUGGUAUCGAUUGGCAACAAGUGUAUAUGCAAAAAUAUAGCCCCCCGUUGAUGCCACCAAGAGGGGAAGUAAACGCGGCCGAUGCUUUCGACAUCGGCUCAUUUGACGAAGAAGACACCAAAGGUAUUAAGCUCACAGAAGCUGAUCAAGAACUGUACAAAAACUUUCCUCUAGUCAUUUCCGAACGUUGGCAAAACGAAGUUGCUGAAACGGUCUUCGAUACGAUUAAUUUCGAAGCGAACAAAGCCGAAAACAAGAAAAAGGCCAAACAAAAAAUGAAAUUUGAUUUAGAUGAAAAAGAAUCAGAUUGUAUCCUGCAAGGAUACAUUAAAAAACUUGGCGGACCUUGGACGUCCAGCUGGCAAAUGCGCUACGCGAAACUUUAUCCCAAUCGGAUAGAGCUUCAUCCGGAAUCUGCGAAACCCGAAAUGUUCUUUAUGGAUCAAGUCGAGGAGGUUAGCCCCGAUUUGGUUCAAGUCAAAAACGAGAAUUGUAUAGUUAUUAGGAUGAGAGAUGGAAAAAUAGUUCUUACUUAUCCUGAUGAAAUAAGCCUAAAAGAAUGGUUGACAUCGUUAAAGUCAGCUCAUAAAACGUCUCAAGAAUUGUUGGGUUCGAUGGCGAAGAAAGCAGGUAAAAUAUACGGUACGGAAACGAAUAACCGAAACGCGAUACUUGCCAACCGUAACACAAAUGGUAAUUAGACGCAGAUAAAAAGUAAAUUAAUGAAAAAUAAAGGUAAAACGGACUCUGCCCUGUACAAAAAAAAAUAAUAAUAACAAAAAGUGUUAAUUAAAAAU